GUCUAGAACUUUUUAUAUAUAUAUUGGUUGAUUCUUCGCCGUUUUUGGCCAUGUAAGACUGGAAAAUCUUACUUUUUCUGACAGAACAGAACACAGAAUACAAAAGGACAUUAAACUCGCUUCAAAAUGAGCCAGAUUCCGUCAGGACUUUCGCGUUUAAAGACCCCAAGUAGAAUUGUUAAACCGGUUCAAGGUGGCAGUGUAGGUGCAGGAUCUCAACCUUCAGCUCCUUCGGUAAAACCACGUGGAUCUGUUGGUAAUUCUUCUCAGGCAGGAUCGUCUACAGUACAACCGAGAACUAGUCCUUCGGGAGCUAAACUUAACCAGAUGUCAAGUGGAGUUACUCGAAGAGGAAUGCAAACCAGCAGUAAUGGCAAGUUGAGCGCAAGCCGUGACCGCUUGGUUAGUCCACGGGGAUCUCUAACUGGAGUAGAGGUUGCUCAACCGAGACUACCUUCAAGAGAGAAAUCUCAAACAAGACUGCAGUACAGAAGAGAGAGUUCUAGUUCUAGUUUACGCGGAGCUUCAUCGAGAGCUGAAGGUGCUCCUGUGAUAAGGAGACGUGGCGAAGUUUCUCGGGCACCUUCAGAAAGUCAAAAUCAAACUGUGGCUGUUGACUCAUCAAAGUCAAAUUUACUUAGCUUGUUCAAACUAGGUGAUCGUGUGUUGGUUGGAAACUCGAAUCCUGGCGCUAUAGCUUUUAUUGGACAGACAAAAUUUGCCAAGGGUGACUGGGCUGGAGUUGUUCUUGAUGAGUGUGUCGGUAAAAAUAAUGGAAGUGUACAAGGAGUGCGUUAUUUUGAAUGCGACCCGGGUCAUGGGAUAUUUACAAAGCUUGAGAAACUCACUAAAAUUAACCAAAUCGGCGGUGGGAGAACUUCAUUGAGCGAUGGUAAGGCGGAAAAAGAGAAAGCAAACUUAGAAAUCGGCUACCGUGUCGUCGUAAGCGGUACUAAACAUGGAGUAGUUAGGUAUCUUGGAGAAACUGGAUUUGCUAAAGGCGAAUGGGCUGGUAUUGAACUAGACGAGCCACUGGGGAAAAACGAUGGAGCCGUCGCUGGAACAAGAUAUUUCCAGUGUGAGCCUAACUUUGGAUUGUUUGCUCCACUGCAUAAAGUUGCCAAAUCAAGUUUACCUCUGCCACCCAGACUUCAAGCACAGCUACCUCAAGGAAAUGAUGUACAGAACUCUUUGGGUGCACUUGGAAGUAACAGUUCUAUUAAUUCAGUUUCUUCAACCCUUAGUGAAGCCUCCUCAACCCCCAAGCUAUCUGCAUUAAAUACCUCACAGAUUAUCUCAAGCCCUGAACCAGAGGUGUCUGAAGUUAAAUCAUCACCACCACCACCACCACCACCACCCCCCUCAGGAUCCACACAGACUCCUGUAUCAUCUGGUCUGGUGACAUCACAAUUGGUGGCUUUGCAGACAUCUACUGUCAUGAAAGAUAUUUCAGGUUAUAUUGUUAAAAAAAAGGAGGAAGCACUGGAAGACAGAGAAAAGCAAAUCCAGUCCUUACUGGCAGAGAGAGAGUUUGAAAGAGCAGAAGUUGCCAAUGCUACAAGUCAAGUUACUAAGGUUGAGGAAGAAGUUGGCAAACUAAAGGAACAACACAAUGAGGCUAUUCUUGAGAAAGAAAAGAGCAUCAGUGAACUCCAGAGUUUGCUUGAAACAGCAAACAAGGAAAAAGAUGACCUCCAGUCACAGCUGGAGGAAGAGAAAAGGAGGGUGGAAGAUUUGCAAUUUAAAUUAGAGGAAGAAGAGAUUACUCUUGGAGAUGAACUUAAGAUUGAGCAGAAAGAAAUUGAAACACUCGAGAUUGAACUAAAAGAAAAGGUUGCCUCACUUUCCAGACUUAAGAAGGAGCUUGAAACCACACAGAAUGAAAAAGGCACAGCAUUAUCAAAGAUUACAGAAUUAGAGAGUGCUUUGUCUGAAUCAAAUACUGUAGUUUUAGAUUUGCGGACGUCAGUCAGUGAUUCUAAUAGCAAGAUUAGAGAGUUGGAGGCAACACUGUUUGCAAAGCAAGCGGAGCAUUCUGGUGAUGCCAACUUAAGAGAACUACAGCUCAAAGAGAAUUCUGAAAAGAUUAGUUCUUUGGCAAAAGAGUUAGAGGGACAUACUAAGACCAAGACAGGCCUUGAAAGUGAGAUUAAAAUCUUGAAAUCAGAACUUGUGAAGUCAAGGGAAGAGAGUGAAGCUUUGCAAAAAGAGAUUUAUGAUCUUACAGAAAAGCUCCACAACAAGGAAGAUGAAUUUUCUUCUCUGUGCAGUGAGCUUCAAGUGAUCAAGGUCACAACACUUGAACUUCAAAAACAGCUUCAUUUAAGUGAAGUCAAAUCAGAGAAUCUUGCUGCAGACAAAGCUAAAUUGGAGUCACAAAUUGCAGAAUUGGCAAAGAAUUCUGGUGAUAGUUCAGAAAAGCUGGUUUACCUCAAUGAACAACUCAGAGAAAAGGACAGGACUUUGGAUAAUUUGAAAUCUACCUCAGCUGAAGCUCAAGUCCAGAUUGGCAGGCUGACAGAAGAUCUUGCACAGGCAAAGGAGAAACACGAUAAAGAUAUGCUAGAGUUAAAGAAAUCCCACCACGAUCAGACUCAAGCUACAGAUAAAAUAGUACAAAACCUGAAAUCCGAGCUUGAGGAAAGUUUAAAAAAUAGAGAAGAUAUGAAAAGUGCACAUCAAGCCAAAUUGCAAGAUCUUACGCAAACCAAGGAUACUGAGCGUUCAGCUGUUGAGGAGGAAAUUAAACAAAAAAUUGGAGAGAUAAACUUGCUCACUCAAGAGUUGCACAAGUUGAAAACUCUACAGCAGGAGACUUUAAAAGAGAACACAGAAUUGUCUGGAUUAAAGGAACAGUUCAGUAAGCUUCAGUCUGAAUACAAGGCAUCACAAGAUCAACUUACAACACUGCAGUUGCAGCUGGAAUCUUUGAAAGCUGAGAAGGGUCUUGUUGUGGGGGCUCAAGAAGAUGCAGAGAAAAAACAACAAGAACUAACAGAACAGUACUCAGCACUCCAACAAGAGCAUCAAAGCUUGGUCCAAUCAUUUGACACUGUCUCCAAGGAAAACUCAUCAAGAAAAGAAGAGGUGGAAGCUCUUAGUAAGGCAAGGGACAUCACUGAAAAGGAGAAAUGUGACAUGGAAACAAAACUGGAAGAACUGAAAACUCAUUGUGACAGUCUUCAGAAGGAGGUUGAAGAUGCAAGGUCUUUGGCAAACAGCAAAGAAGAACAACUGCAUUUGCUCAGUUCAUCUUCUUCAGAUGCAGAAGCAGUGAUUUUGAAAUUGAGGAGUCAAGUGGAAGAUGCUCGUACACAGAGAGACCAAGUUACAAAGGACGUAAAUAUCCUCUCACAGGAGAACCAGUCACUCAAGCAAAGUGUCAAUGCUCUAGAGAAGGAUAAAGCAGAUGUAGCAGUGGAAAAGGACAAGCUUCAAGCAGCAAUUAUGGAUGCAAGCAAUAAAAUUGAUGGCAUGAGUGUUGAAUUAGAAGAAGCCAAUAAAAGGGAAAAUUAUGCAAAAAAUGCCGCAGAUGCUGUAAGGAAAGAAUUGGAGAUAAAGUUACAAAAUGCGGAAUUACUAGCAAAGAAAAGAGAAGAAGAAGUCAAUAGUUACAGAAAAGAGAAUGAAAUGCUAAAGAGUAGACUUGAGAAAAGCUUCAGCAAUCCUACAUCCACUCAGUCUGUCAACGCUUCUGAUAUGGAGGCAGUGAUGAGCAAGCUUAGAGAAACAGAGGACUUGUUAGAAGCAGUGCAAACAGAAAAAGGAAACUCAGAGGCACAGGUUGACUUUUUAAAUUCUGUGAUUGUGGACUUGCAGAGGAAAAAUGAAGAAGCAGAGAAGAAAAUUGAGCUGUUCAUGAUGGGAAAUGUUCCAGACACAAACGGCACCCUUAAUUUAUCCGAUGAUGAUGAGCCGGCGAGACCGGGAAUAAGGCAGCGGUUGUUCUGCGACAUUUGUGACGUUUUCGAUCAGCAUGAUACGGAUGACUGCCCACUGCAGUCUUCAGAUGCACCUGACAACCUGGGAACCCAGUAUCAUGGAAACAGAAAUGAGGACAGACCGUAUUGUGACAUCUGUGAAGUUUUUGGACACUGGACUCAAGAUUGCGACGAUGAAGAGACGUUUUGAGAGGCGCGUCGUGGAGGUUGACAUGCGAGCUAUGAAAGACAGCGAUCUGUUGUCCCCACCCCGUAUUUUUGGUGUCUAAUGCCCAGAGUUACUAACAGCAAGCAACACUGAACCUUUUUUAUGGGGUUAAAGGAUCUAUUUUUACCUUCACGUUUCCAUGGGUGAAUGAUCCGACUUUUCCUGAAUCGUUUUCAUGACGCGGGCGGAGGUGGAGCGCUGGUGUCGAUGCGAAAGGAGAACGAGAUGAAUCUAUUACCUAUUGUUCUAUCUUCUCUCUCUCUUCGAUUCGCAUUCCUGUGGACUGCGUGCGUGUUAUAAAGACGAAAAGCGGAUUCCAAAUAGUUUCUGUGGUUUUUUUUCUUUUUUUUUUACUUAUUUUUUUUACAUUAGUAGCACACAGUUCGUUUUAGCCUCUACCUGUGUGACCAACGACAGCUGACUUAUUUAACUCCCGAAGAUGAUUAUUAGAUGAAUUCUCUAUGCAAUAUCAACAAAUAAUCUAGCAGACAAGUACUGAGAAUAGACAAAGUUACCAGCUAGCAAUCAUGGUUAUUGCAUAGGGCACCAAAUUCUUACUAAGGGAUAUAGAGUAGUUUGAUGGGAGAAUCAAAGGACGGGAGUUCCGUAGAGUCGAACAUUAUGAUUAAUGAUCGCAGACUUUUAAUUUGAGCGAUCCAAGUGAGUCUAAUUUAACCUUUUUGGGGGGUGGGAGUAUGGGAUAAUUACACCUUUUUGGGGGUAGGGGGUGCUGAGAAUAUGGAACACAAUUGAGCGUUAUUGCAUUAUUCACCUGCCUUAUUUAUUACAAAACUGUUUUUUACUCUUUUUCAAGCAUUAGAUUAAGGGUCAAGUAUGUGCACAACAGUUUUCCGUGAGAACUGGUGCAUGGGGUUACGAGAGGUGCGUAAACGCUAUAGUUAGACAAAUUUGAUGUGCGGCAUGAAUUAACAAUGAUUGGAAUAUUGAACAAAAAUAUAAUGGAAUAUUCAAAUAGUAGUCAAAGUGAUUGCUUGACUCGCUGGUAUAUUACAGUGCGAUGAAACUGAGGUAUUUAGAGUAAUGGCGGAUGAAGAAAGCCAGAGUGCAAGAGCUCUUAAUCUUCAACGUUGGAAAUCUGAUUUUGUUUGUUUUGGUUUGAUUUUUUUUUUUUUUUUUCGUUUUAUGCCAGUUCCCUUGUCCUUUUAUUUUUCCAGGAAGGGUUAUUGUAUAUUCUGAAUCUUUGCUCUCGCACAAGGUUUGCUCCAAAGAGGUAGACUACGAAAAGUCCCUCCUUUUUAGCAGUCCGUUCACUCCUUUGCGCAAGUAAAAAAAAAUGGAAAAAGGAAGAGAUUGAUAUUAGCGAGCCGCCCGGAGCUCUGGGAAUGAGUCACCUUUCUUUUUCCCAGAGUUGCGAGCGGCACGCUAACAUUUUUUCUUUUUUUAACGCGCGACGUACUUUGCCGAAGAGCAGGGACUCCUUGUAGCCUAUAGAAGAGGUUACUAUCAUAUAUUAUUGUGAAGAAAAUAUGCAGCGGGGAUUUUUUAUCCCCUUAUUGUCUAUCAUAAUGGUGGCCUUACUACAUAUUGGCGUUUUUUAUAAAUGAAUAAGGAACCUACUGCCACACUAUUAAGCAAAUUAUUUUUUAAUAAAGAUAUAGAGUAAUGGGUAAACACCAUUUGCUUCUAUUGA